AAUGUUGACAACUGAAUAGCAGAUCCUAUCGUGACCCUGGGAAGGGCCCCACUAACACCUCGCCACAAACCACAUAUUCCAAAGUCUCUGUUGGCAGCAUGACGGAUUCUCCUGAGUUAGACCAACUCAUACAAAAUUAUGAGUUUGAUAAUGAACAAUUUCUGAAAUGCAUUGAAAGAGAAAAUCAACUGAUUAAAAAUUUCACAAGAGAUAUAGAGUUGACUAAUUUGUCUGUGAAAAGAUUACAAGAGUCAGUUUCCCAAAUUGAUGAAGAUACGAAGCGAGUUCACAAACAGUACACACUGAACAGAGACAACUGUGCCAGCCUGAAGAAAACAUCCAAACUUCUUGCUGAUCACGAAGAUUCACUUCAUAAAAAACUUGAAGUCAAUGAAGACAAAUACAGUGAUGAGAUGAAAGAACGAUACAAACUGCUUGAACAUUACCAGUCUGUUUGGGAAAAUUUUGAAAAGAAAUACAAAAGCUUAAAACCAGCUCAGAUACUGGAAAAAGAAAUGAAAAAUCUAACUCUGGCUGAAAAAUUUCUCUCUAAUGUACAGGAGGAGAAACAACAUUUAACAAAAAAUAUGAAAGAAAAUAAAUUACUGACUACACAGGAAGUGAAAGGUUUUAUUUGCAGCAUAGCUCGUGUGAAAACUGACAGUAACAACCUAAAAGAGAAAAUUAAAACACUCAAAGAAGAUAUUUCCGAGAUGAAGCAAAUGUAUCUACAAAGUGCAGAGGAAUCUAAAAAAAAAUCAUCCCCGACUACUUCUGGUGUUAUCAAUGUAAGAACGCCACCCACAAUUAAUGUUACUUCUACUACCACUAUUACCACUGCUGCCUCUUCACCUGCCAACAUUAAACCCAGUCUCCAGCAGAGCCAACAGAUGACCACAUCAUUGCCACCUUCAAACCCUGUUAGAUCAACAGGAAUGAAAUUCUCCUCACCAAAACUCAUUUCCAAAGAGGUGACCAAUCAUACAAAUGCACAGUUACUGCAACCUCUUAUAAAGCGUGUUAAUGCACCAAAAUAUGAAGAAUUGGCAGAUAUUUCUAGAACUACAAAAUAUUUACCACUAUCCUUUUCUGGAGUGAAACCAUUGUGCCCUUCAAAGUCACUACCUAAAUCUCCUGGCAUAGGACCUAGACAAUUAUGGGCUGUUCCUGCAACCACCAAAUCACCGUCUCAAAACAUAUACCCAAAAUCUCUAACAGUUCCAACUAAAAAUCUGCAGCUGCCAGGGCCCAUGUCUACUUUCUCCCUAUCUUCUUCUUCGAUGGAUAAACUGAAAAAAGUUGCAGUACCUAUAACUGUAGCAACCACUCCCAAACUCUCUCCCAUGUCAGAUGAAGAACAUUUCCAAAUUCAAGCACCAUCACAGCAACUAGCCACAUUCUGUUCUUCGCUUAGUAUGAAAAAUCUUCAAAAGCAGAAAAUGACUUCACCUUUGCAACCAACUUUAGAAAAUGUUCAACAAACUUCAACCUCUAAUGAAAUUGAAGAAACUGCCUUGAGCAAAUCUGAGAACAGUAACAUCAGCCAAGAUGCUUUUCAGGAAAGUACCUUUGAUUUCAACGAACAUCAAAGGAUAUUGAAAAAGUUUCAUUCAUCUCCAGGCAUGCCUACUAUGUCGAACAGACCAAUGUUUCUCCAAUCAGAUGAAAGCAAGAAACAGAUACCUGAAGCAGCAAAAGCCACACCAGAUUCCAAUUUCUUUCUUCAGUCAUUUUUCGACAAACAGGAUCAGAAUGCAGAAUCACUUGGGGUAUCAAUGUUUUCACAAUCAAAAGAAUCCAAUAAUACCGAUGGACAAAGCAUUUUCUCUGGUUUCUCACAGUUGUCAGCUACUGAAGUGGAUACACCAGUAGAAUUCAGAUUCUCCAAUUCUAAUGAAGAUGUGGCGUCAAACCAAAAUGGAGGCAACUUUUUCUCUUUCAGUGCUGACAGUUUCUCCUCGUCGAAUGAUCAAGAUUCCAGAAAUAAUUUCUCUUUUGAUUUUUCAGUUUCUUCCAGCAUAGAAUCUGCCAACAACCCGCCAUUUUCAUUGUUUUAAAUCACCACCUCGUGUGUAUGUAUGUGUGUGUGUGUGUGUGUGUGUGUGUGUGUGUGUGUGUGUGUGUGUGCUUGUGUUGUGCGUAAAUGCCUAAAAAUAUUGGUAUACACAUUAAUAUGCAUUUAUGUAUGUGCAUGCAUUUUGGCGUUGGAGUCAAGAAGAGAUUUAUGUAUACCCACACAAAUAUAUACAUAGACAAAUUUAACAUACAGACACAUGUACACAUAUGUGCACAGUUACAAGCAUAUAUGGACACACAAACACAGACAUACAUACAUGUGCACACACACACACACACACACACACACUCACACACACAUAUGCAUUGAUAGGUAUACAUAUAAAUUAUAGAUUUUACACGUUAAGACAGCCAUAUAUACAUAUACACACAUAUACGCAUAGAUAUAUUAAUUCAGAGAAAGCUGUUACAAAUCCAUACCUUCGCCCAUAUAUUCAUUCCCAGUGUGUACAAAUUUACAAUAUACAUUGUAAAUCUGUACACACAAAGAAACACGCAUACACACACACACACACACACACACACACACACACACACACGCACUCACAGACACAUGGAAAGGCAGUCACCUCGGACAUGUGCCUUAACUAAAUACUCAGUGUGUGUAAUAGUCAUUCAUAAAGUGAAUUGUCAACAAAAUACCUUAUCAUGCCGGUCAUAUGUAAACUAUUUUGGUCAGAAAAGUAUAUAUUUGUACACUUUUCUCCCUACCUCUCUCUCUCUUUCUGUAUAUAUAUAUAUAUAUUUAUAUAUAUAUAUAUAUAUAUUUAUAUAUAUUCUGUUACUUGUUUUAGUCCUUUGACAGUAGCCAUGCUGAUAUAUACACACACA